ACUAAACAUAAUUGUUAAUUAAGGUCGAUUAUAUUGAAAUAACAUGAUUAAGGUUGACCGUAUUAAACUAAACAUAAUUGUUAAUUACUCCUACUAUAUAUACCCUCACUGCGUCUGCACAUCGUCUCCUCCACGAGCAAAAACAACCCCACAAAACUCAGCUCGAUCGCGUGCGUGAAAAUGGAGCACUUCUAUGGCUACAUAGACAAAAUGCAAAGCCUUUACAGUAGCUCAUGGAAGCUAACCAGCCUCGCUUACCGCCUUCUCAUCUCCAAAUGCAACGCCUUCUUCACAUCUAUUCUCUACUUCCUCUCCAUCUCCUCACUCGGCUUCGUGAUGCUCAAAUCAUGCAAUCCCCGAACGACGUCGUACGCGCCCAGCAACAUCGACUUGCUCUUCACAUCCGUGUCGGCGGCCACCGCGUCGAGCAUGAUGACGGUGGAGAUGGAGGUUUUCUCGCAGCAGCAGCUCAUCGUGAUGACGGCGCUGAUGCUCCUCGGCGGCGAGAUCUUCACCUCCAUCUGCUUCACCGCAAAGCCUUCCUCCGAUCAUCAAAUUCACGAUCUAUCUCGAUCGUUAACUCUCAGAAACGAUUCGAUUAAAUAUUUGGGGAUUUUGGUUCUAGGUUAUGUGGCGGUGAUACAGAUUCUCGGCGUCGCGUCUCUGCUGACGUAUCUCUCCCUCGUCUCGAGCGCGGGGAGCGUGCUGAGGAGGAAAGGGAUCAAGCCUUCGAUUUUCGCGGUUUUCACGAUCGUCUCGACCUUCGCGAACUGCGGAUUCAUCCCCACGAAUGAGAACUUGAUCGUAUUCAGUGGAAACACGGGGCUCCUGCUGAUUCUCAUUCCUCAGAUCCUUCUCGGAAACACGCUGUUUCCGUUGGCUUUGAGGGGGGUGAUUUGGGGGCUGGGGAAGAGGUUUAAGAGGAAUGAGGCUGAAUAUUUGCUGCGGAAUUCGAGGGAGGUGGGAUUUCCGCACCUGCUUCCUCGCCGGGAAUCGCUGCUGCUGGCGGCGACGGCGGUGGGAUUUGUUUUCGCGGCUUCGGUGUUGUUUUCCGCGAUGGAAUGGUAUGCGGUGGGGUUAGAUGGGCUGAAUAGUUACCGGAAAGUGGUGGGCGUCGUUUUCCAAUGCGCCAACGCUAGGCAUGCCGGUGAGAAUAUUGUUGAUCUCUCGACGAUCGCCCCCGCCGUCUUGCUGUUUUUCAUCCUCAUGAUGUACCUUCCACCGUAUACAUCAUUUGUACCUAUUAAAAGAGGCGAUCAAGUUGAAGACCCAUCAAAUUCACAAGAAAAAGAGAAAAGGAAACGACACAUUUUGGUAGACAACUUUGCAUUUUCACAGCUUUCUUAUGUGGCUAUUUUCAUCAUUCUCAUUUGCGUUACGGAGAGGAAAAGCCUAAAAGAGGAUCCAAUCAACUUCAGCGUGUUGAAUAUAGCAUUUGAAGUGAUAAGUGCGUACGGGAAUGUGGGGUUGACAACUGGGUAUAGUUGCGAUCGACAGCUAAGAGCAGAUCCAAAAUGUGUGAGCAAAUGGUACGGACUUGCCGGAAAAUGGAGUGAUGAAGCCAAACUAAUCCUAAUAGUAGUCAUGUUUUACGGUAGAUUGAAGAAGUUCAACAUCAAGGGAGGCCGAGCAUGGAAGCUCUUAUAAUUUGUAUUACAAUCGCCUCUCUUGUAAAAUUCAUUAAAGUAUUUAUUAUAUUUGGGUUCAAAAGCUUAAGUGAUGUUUGUUUAAUUUUG